AUGUUUAGAGGCUCAUUGAACCGAGUUACAGGGCGCCGCUUGAAUCCCUCCCUCACGACCACCUCUGCUGGUAUCCUGGGUUUCUCGGCAGGACCAAAUGUUGUGGUAACAACGGCAUCAAUGCCCCAAGUGGCUAAUCGACAGGCUCCCCUCGGUUCCUUAUCGACAACUUCGCAGCCGAUUUCAACGACAGCUGCAUCAUCAUUUCCACCUCAAAUACCUCCACCACCAAUAUCAACGACUUUAUCUUCGACUCCUCCCAUAAAUCCAUUGAUCGCGACAAAUUCAAAUAUCGAACUUACUCCGGAUUCUACCGGAGGUAGGGUGGCAGUUGUCUGGCUGGAACGUUGGGAAGAUGGACCGCUAACGAUGGAUCCUAGCCAUGUAGGUCAUCCUAUGCUUUACUGUUUUUUCGCAUGA